GGAAACGGGGCUUUCGUUGUCGAACAAAAAUCAUUUUCAACAAACAAGUGUCGCACUGUUGUGGACAACGGACUAUUUUACUGUCCUUUCAAGGUUUUGAUGUUCCAUAAUUUAAUUGUCGCUAACUGAAACGGUAACCUGGGUUCGUGGAGUUGAGAGGGGGAUAAUAAAGAAAACCAUGAUAACGUCUGCCGGUAAGCAGUAACAUAGCAAAUGUCAGCGUUUUGGAAAACGGGAAAGAUUGCUAGCUGGCUAACGGUAGCAAGCUAGCAUCCAUUGAUUUAGCUGAGUCACAUAGCUAACUGGCUAGCUAACUAGCUAUCUACCCAGGUUACAAACGUUUAGCUAGCUAGAUACUGUAAGUUAACUAACGUUAGCUAGUUACCUAACUGGCUAGAUAAUGUUGUUCCUAUCAUAUUGUUUCAUGUCUACAGUCGCCAUUAACGUUAGUCGUUGGACAAUGACGUUAGUUAGCUAGUUGGUUAGCUAAUAUAGCUAGGCAGUAAGCUGCAGCACAUUUGUGCCCAGGCAAACUAGCUACUUUAUAAAGUAAUGUAGCUGGAUCGAAUCCCCGAGCCGACAAGGUAAACAUCUGCCCCUGGUCAAACUCGGAAGGGAAAGGGGGAUCUAUAGUCACCUGUACAACUGAAUGCAUUAAACUGAAAUGUGUUGAUUAAGGCAGUCCCCCCGCACCUCUCUGAUUCAGAGGGGUUGGGUUAAAUGUGGAAGACACAUUUCAGUUGAAUGCAUUCAGUUGUACAACUGCCUAGAUAUCCCCUUUCGAGUUUGACCUGUUUAGGCUUCACAUGAAACUUGGCUGUGACAGUCACAAAUGAGAGGGCGAACGUUAACGUUUUCUGUCUAACCUAGCUAGCUACGUUACAUACACUGAAGUGCAUCAGGGUACACACACGUAUCAGGUUUUAUCCAUGAUGUUGAAACUGACUACACAUUCAUUGAUUUCAGCUGGAAUCAUCUCUCUGCUGGAUGAGGAGGAGCCCCGGCUCAAGGUAUCAUAAACUUAAGCUUGUUAUCCAGUGAGAAUACACCAGUGGUCACCAACCCUGGACCUAGAGAAGACGAAAAGCUUUGUACAAUAACAUUAAAGCCCAUAAGUAGCUAGUUAGUGGAAGCAGUUGUGUUAAGUGCUGGACACUGUAUCUCCUGGACCAGGUUUGGUGACCACUAACAUUCAUGUUGACUUGGCAAUGAUUAUCCUCAACUAUUGUUUGCGUAAAGUGUGUCUAACAUUGUUUUGGUUUUUUUGCUUGUAGGAGUUUGCUCUGCACAAGCUGAACUCCAUUGUCAAUGACUUCUGGGCUGAGAUAUCGGGAUCUGUUGACAAAAUGUACGUUUUAAAAUAAGGAAAUAAAGCUAAACAUAUUUGCAUGGUCAGUUUAAAGUGGCAAUUUUACGUUCGUUUUUUUUACACCAGCUUCAAACAGCUGAAACAACAAUAUUUUUGUUUAUGGAAAAUAUUUUUCACAGCGUUUUCGGUGGUAUGUUGAUUCACUACACUAUACUAUCUUAUUUUGCCACAUAAACUGAAAUGAGGCAAACUAGAGUUUUACCAACCAGGAAAUGGCGGAGCGAUUUCUGCAUAGUGCAACUAUAAUUAGAAUAAAACAAUUACUUAAGGGAAAGUUUUGUUAAAUGGCUUUAUUUAUAAACGUUGUUCUCUCCUCACAGUGAGGUCCUGUAUGAAGAUGAGACAUUUCGGAGCAGGGCAUUUGCUGCAUUGGUGGCUUCCAAAGUGUUUUACCACCUCGGAGCGUUUGAUGAGUCGUUGAACUACGCUCUGGGUGCAGGAGACCUUUUCAGUGUCACAGACGACUCUGAAUAUGUGGAGACCAUUAUCGGUGAGUGAUGUCACAACUGCAUGUUUUGGUAUGCCCAAGUACACAAUCAAAUCAAAUGUUAUUUGUCACAUACACAUGUUUAGCAGAUGUUAUAGCGGGUGUAGCGAAAUGCUUGUGCUUCUAGCUCCGACAGUGCAGUAAUAUCUAACAAGUAAUAUCUAACAAUUUCACAACAUAUACCCAAUACACACAAAACUAGUAAGGAAUGGGAUUUAAGAAUAUAUACAUAUAUGGACAAGCAAUGACAGAGUGGCAUGGACUAGGAUACAGUAGAAUAUUAUAGAAUAGAAUGCAGUAUAUACAUAUGAGAUGAGUAGUGCAAGAUAUGUAAACAUUAUUAAAGUGACUAGUGUUCCAUUUCUUAAAGUGGCCAGUGAUUUCAAAAGGCAGCAGCAGCCUCUGUGCUAGUGAUGGCUAUUUAACAGUCUGAUGGCCUUGAGAUAGAAGCUGUUUUUCAUUCUCUCGGUCCCAGCUUUGAUGCACCUGUACUGACCUCGCCUUCUGGAUGAUAGCGGGGUGAACAGGCAGUGGCUCGGGUGGUUGAUGUCCUUAAUGAUCUUUUUGGCCUUCCUGUGACAUCGGGUGCUGUAUGUGUCUUGGAGGGCGGGUAGUUUGCCCCCGGUAAAUGCGUUCGGCAGACCGCACCACCCUCUGGAGAGCCCUGCUGUUGCGGGCGGUGCAGUUGCCGUACCAGGCAGUGAUACAGCCCGACAAGAUGCUCUCAAUUGUGCAUAUGUAAAAGUUUGUGAGGGUUUUAGGUGCCAAGCCGAAUUUCUUCAGCCUCCUGAGGUUGAAGAGGCUCUGUUGUGCCUUCUUCACCACACUGUCUGCGUUGGUGGACCAUUUCAGUUUGUCAGUGAUGUGUAUGCCAAGGAACUUAAGCUUUCCAUCUUCUCCACUGCGGUCCUGUCGAUGUGGAUAGGGGGGUGCACCCUCUGCUGUCUCCUUUGUUUUGUUGACGUUGAGUGAGAGGUUAUUUUCCUGGCACCACACUCCCAGAGCCCUCACCACCUCCUUGUAGGCGGUCUCGUCAUUGUUGGUAAUCAAGCCUACUAUUGUUGUGUCGUCUGGAAACUUGAUGAUUGAGUUGGAGGCGUGCUUGGCCACGUAGUCAUGGGUGAACAGGGAGUACAGGAGGGGGCUGAGCACGCACCCUUGUGGGGCCCCAGUGUUGAGGAUCAGCGAAGUGGAGAUGUUGCUUCCUACCUUCACCACCUUGGGGCGGCCCGUCAAGAAGUCCAGGACCCAGUUGCACAGGGCGGGGUUCAGACCCAGGGCCUCGAGCUUAAUGAUGAGCUUGGAGGGUACUAUGGUGUUGAAUGCUGAGCUAUAGUCAAUGAACAGCAAUCUUACAUAGGUAUUCCUCUUGUCCAGAUGGGAUAGGGCAGUGUGCAGUGCAAUGGCGAUUGCAUCAUCUGUGGAUCUAUUGGGGCGGUAAGCAAAUUGAAGUGGGUCUAGGGUGACAGGUAAGGUAGAGGUGAUAUGAUCCUUGACUAGUCUCUCAAAGCAUUUCAUGAUGACAGAGGUGAGUGCUACAGGACAAUAGUCAUUUAGUUCAGUUACCUUUGCUUUCUUGGGUACAGGAACAAUGGUGGCCAUCUUGAAGCGUGUGGGAACAGCAGACUGGGAAAGGGAGAGAUUGAAUAUGUUCAUAAACACACCAGCCAGCUGGUCUGCGCAUUCUCUGAGGAUGCGGCUAGGGAUGCCAUCUGGGCCGGCAGCCUUGUGGGGGUUAACAUGCUUAAAUGUCUUAAUCACGUCGGCCAUGGAAAAGGAGAGGCCACACUCCUUGGUAGUGGGCCUUGUCAGUGGCACUGUGUUAUCCUCAAAGCGGGCAAAGAAGGUGUUUAGCUUGUCUGGAAGCGAGAUGUCGGUGUUGGUGACGUGGCUGGUUUUCCUUUUGUAGUCCGUGAUUGUCUGUACUCCCUGCCACAUACGUCUUGUGUCUGAGCCGUUGAAUUGCGACUCCACUUUGUCUCUAUACAUGUUUUGCCAGUUUAAUUGCCUUGCGGAGUGAGUAGCUACACUGUUUGUAUUCUGCCAUAUUCCCAGUCACCUUGCCAUGGUUGAAUGUGGUGGUUCGCGCUUUCAGUUUUGGCGAAUGCUGCCAUCUAUCCACGGUUUCUGGUUAGGGUAGGUUUUAAUAGUCACAGUGGGCACAACAUCACCUAUACACUACCUGAUAAACUGUCACCGUUUCAGUAUAUUUGUCUAAAUUAUUUUCGGAAGCUACCCGGAUCAUAUCCCAGUCCGCGUGAUCAAAACAAUCUUGAAGCGUGGAUUCCGAUUGGUCAGACCAGAAUCGUAAUAAUGACCUCAAGGGCUUCUAAUGCUGAUCUUUAGGCUUCCCUUUUGUUACAUUACACAUAUUCACCUCAACAAUGUUCAAUUUAUGUAUACCCACUGUUGCUAAUUUAGAUAUCAACACACUGAUACCACAAAUCAUGGCAAUUGAUUAUUCCACAGUGAUAUACAGUGCCUUUGGAAAGUAUUCAGACCCCUUUACUUUUUCCACAUUUUGUUAAGUUACAGCCUUUUUCUAAAAUCGAUUAAAUAAAUAAAAAUCCUCAGCAAUCUACACACAAUACCCCAUAAUGACAAAGCGAAAACAGGUUUUUAGAAAAUGUUGCACAUUUGAGCUCAGGUGCAUCCUGUUUCCAUUGAUCAUCCUUGAGAUGUUUCUACAAUUUGAUUGGAGUCCCCCUGUGGUAAAUUCAAUUGAUUGGACAUGAUUUGGAAAGGCACAUACCUGUCUAUAUAAGGUCCCACAGUUGACAGUGCAUGUCAGAGCAAAAACCAAGCCAUGAGGUCGAAGGAGUUGUCCGUAGAGCUCCGAGACAGGAUUGUGUCGAGGCACAGAUCUGGGGAAGGGUACCAAAACAUUUUGGCAGUAUUUGAAGGUCCCCAAGAACACAGUGUCCUCCAUCAUUCUUAAAUGGAAGAAGUUUGGAACCACCAAGACUCUUCCUAGAGCUGGCCAAACUGGGGGAGAAGGGCCUUGGUCAGGGAGGUGACCAAGAACCCGAUGGUCACUCUGACAGAGCUCCAGAGUUACUCUGUGGAGAUGGGGGAACCUUCCAGAAGUACAACCAUCUCUGCAGCUCUCCACCAAAUCAGGCCUUUAUGGUAGAGUGACCAGACGGAAGCCACUCCUCAGUAAAAAGCACAUGACAGCCCGCUUGGAGUAUGCCAAAAGGCACCUAAAGCAAAGCUGUCAUCAAGGCAAAGGGUGGCUAUUUGAAGAAUCUCAAAUAUAAAAUAUUUUGAUUUGUUUAACACUUUUUUUGGUUACUAUAUGAUUCCAUAUGUGCUAUUUCAUAGUUUUGAUGUCUUCACUAUUAUUCUAAAAUGUAGAAAAUGCUAAAAAUAAAAACCCUUGAAUGAGUAGGUGUCCAAACCUUUGAUUGGUACUGUAUGUAAAUGUGAUAUUUCAGUUGUAAUAUUCUUUAUUAAUUAGCAAAAAUUCAAAAAAUCUGUUUUUGCUUUGUCAUUAUGGGGUAUUGUGUGUAGAUUGAUGAGGGGAAAAAAACAAUGUAAACAAUUUUAGAAUAAGGCUGUAACCUAACAACAUUUGGAAAAAGUCAAGGGGUCUGAAUACUUUCCGAAGGCACUUUACAGUAGUUCUUUGAUGACUUCUGGUCUCUUCCCCCGUAGCCAAAUGCAUUGACCACUACACCAAGCAGCGGGUGGAGAACGCCGAGCUUCCUGAGGACGAGGAGAAGAAGAGCAUCGACCCCCGGCUAGAGGGCAUCGUCAACAAGAUGUUCCUGCGUUGCCUAGGCGACCACAAGUACAAGCAGGCCAUCGGCAUCGCCCUGGAGACACGCCGCCUGGACAUCUUUGAGAAGACUAUCCUUGAAUCGGUCAGUGGUUCCCGGGUCGUCUUUUGAACACGUUCUGUUUUGGUUCCACAGAUUUUUAAAUUUGGCGCCACUUCUACUUAAUGUAAUAAAUUACAAAAUGAUUAGCUUAAUGAAAAUCCAGAGAUCCAUGACUUUUGGUUUAGUGUACAUUUUAUUGGAAUGUUUUUAUUGUGGUUUCAAACGUUUUAUUUUUUUCAGUAACAACUUACAACAUUUCAUGUUGAAAUCCUAACCCUCUUCUUUCUUCUUGUCUUGUACAGAACGAUGUUAGUGGCCUACUGGCCUACAGCCUGAAGGUCUGCAUGUCGCUGAUGCAGAACAAGAAGUUCCGCAACGAGGUCCUCCGAGUGCUGGUCAAGCUCUACAUGAAUCUGGAGAAACCUGACUUCAUCAACGUUUGCCAGGUAACAGGGAGAAAGGACACUUCAACUUGGGCUCUGAUUUAAAAGAAUAUCCAUUCAGCUGCCUGCAGUUUGGUGGUGCGUUGGUUCUCUGAUUUCACCAUCUGAAACAGGACCAUCCUGACCCAGCGGAAUUACAUAGUAAUUCAAUAGCAAAUUACUUUGAAAAUAAAAUAGUCACGUGCACACAUUAUUGUUAGGUGGUAGGUGAGAAACUCUGCAUGAUGAAAUGAAAAGACCCACAAAAUAUUGUUCACCUUAAUUGUAACAAUGUUUCCGUCUGCGGUGGUAGAUGUGCCCAAACCCACACGUGUUGCCAGCAGAGGCAGUCCCUUUGAGGCUGACUAGAGUCUGUUGCUCUUCAUUCACCCCCACCUGAAUCUCUUCGGUUACUGCAAUUCAGCUUUUAGCUGCAAAUGUGUACAAUAUAAAAUAAAUCCACCAUACUAAUACAAGGAAGUAACCAUUUGACCACCAUGCAUCACACUCCAAUUUAGUCUCUUUUCCUUCUCUUUCUCCUCCACAGUGCUUGAUCUUCCUGGACGACCCACAGGCGGUGAGCGACAUCCUGGAGAAGCUGGUGAAGGAAGACAACCUGCUGAUGGCCUACCAGAUCUGCUUCGACCUGUACGAGAGCGCCAGCCAGCAGUUCCUCUCCUCCGUCAUCCAGAACCUGCGCACCGUGGGCACACCCAUCCCCGCCGUGCCCGGAUCCACCAACACGGGCACCGUGCCCAUCCCAGACAAAGACAGGUGGGUGAGGGUGCAGUGACAGGGUGGGAGGGGUAGGUUGAGGAGAGGAAAAAGGGUUGGGGAAAGAUAUUAAGGGAAAAUGGGAAGGAAAUGUAGUAAGAUCGCUUUAGGUAGAAUAUCUUGACACAUCACAGGUAAUUUAUUGUGAUACAAAGUUCAUUUAGCCAAUAUGUUUUCUCCUUUGUCUCAGUGAUGCUAUGGAGACGGACGACAAGGCCGCAGACAUUGUGAGUACCUCUACUUGGUGCUUCUCUGUGGCUGUGCAGAGCUGUUGGCAAUUUUAAAUAGUUGUUCUUGUCACCCAAAAUAAUGGAUCUUCCUUUCCUCUGCUUGCGUAGAAGGACGAGCCUAAGGAUCAGAACGCAAAGAUGAUCAAAAUUCUCAGCGGAGAAAUGGCCAUCGAAUUUCAUCUGCAGUUCCUCAUCCGGAACAACAACACAGACCUAAUGAUUCUCAAGAACACAAAGGUAAAGGAUGCCAGUAUGAGUAUUAAACAGGCUACAUAUUGGAUGUUAAAUAGGCCUAUGACAUGUACUGCAAUAUAAAAAGGCUUUCACUCAAGUUUUUGUUGCUUUGUCUACCAGGAUGCGGUCCGAAAUUCAGUGUGCCACACAGCCACGGUCAUAGCCAACUCCUUCAUGCAUACGGGGACUACAAGUGACCAGUUCCUCAGGUAGAGCCACUAUGCUGUAACAUCACCAGCUAUAGCAUAAACACAUUGAGAAUAUCACCUUCACACUUGAUAACAUACUCUCCAGGAAUUCACAUUUUAUAUAGAAAAAAGUAAUGUAUCUUUACUUGUGAUGGUGGUAAUGGGGUACAUUCUAUUGGUGUGUGGCAGACCUGGCUUCUGAAAUAUUUUUGAAAUAACGUGGCCGAAAUCAACCACUUCUAUUGGAAGUAUUUCAAAUAACUCCUAUAAAUAGGAUGCUAUUUGAAAAAUACUUAUUUCCAAAUGCAUUAUUUAAAAAUACUCCUAGGACCUGGGUUCAAAUGCAUGGGAGUACUUAUUUGAAUUUGAAAGUACUCUGUAUUAAAGGACAAGUUUAUUUCCAAAUGCAUUCCAAUAUGCAUCCCCCCCCCCCCCCCCAAUUUUUUUUUUUUAAUACUUACUUUGAAAUGUUUGUGAAAGUAAUUUAUAUAAUUGAAAUAGUAUUUGACUGAAGCCUGGUGUGAGGAUAUAAAGGGUCAAUGCUGUGUUUGGCUGUGUGAUGUGAUUUUAUUCAUUAUUUCAACAGAGAGAACUUGGAGUGGCUUGCAAGAGCCACCAACUGGGCCAAGUUCACAGCCACAGCCAGUCUUGGCGUCAUUCACAAGGUAAACUUUUGCUGAAACAAUUAAAAACAUAAAUGGAUAUCUGAGACAUCUUUUGGUUUUCAGAUUUUAUAUAUAAAAAUAAUAAUAAUAACAACAACAUAUUUUCAGGGCCACGAGAAAGAGGCGCUGCAGUUGAUGGCCACCUAUUUGCCCAAAGACACCUCCCCUGGAUCGGCCUACCAAGAGGGAGGCGGCCUGUACGCCCUCGGGCUAAUCCACGCCAACCACGGGGGGGACAUCAUCGACUACCUGCUCAGCCAGCUGAAGAACGCCAGCAACGACGUGAGUGGCAACAUGCAGACACGUCACAUUUCCCCUUGCUCAAUUCCAAAUCAACCCAUAGCCCCCCCUACCCCUUUGGUCACUUUAGAUUUGAUUGGAUGUGUGUGUAAAGGCAUCCGCAUAUUUCCCAGCCGAAGCAGUUCGGAAGAGUUUGUGCAUAUAUUAUAAAAACUUUGAGGACUCGUUUUCAUGCACAUUUUUUAAAUUGAGAAAUACUGAAUCAAAUAUAUUAGAUGUAUAAUUGCGCGACUAAGAUCUCUUCGGCAAAAACAUCCAAAUUAAUGACAGGUUUCUUGAAUUAUCUUAGAUUAAUUCUGACUAUUUUGAGGAAGUGUAUACUGGCUACGGCGUCUCAAAAUGGACAAACAGCACUAUUGCCACUUUUUUCUUGUUUUUCAACUGAAGGUCUUUUAAGGGACUAUGGGAACACACUCGUUCAGCGCCAGUCGAACUGAAGCAUGCUGAAGCAUUAAGCAAUACGUAGAUAAUUCCACGAAGCCCAUCAAAGGGACAUCAUGUCACAUUUGAGUUGAAUACAACGUUUUAUUCGUGUCUGUGAUGGCCAUUUUGUUUGGUUUGCUUUGUUUCCUCCCACAGAUUGUCCGUCACGGGGGAGGUCUGGGCCUGGGAUUGGCUGCCUUGGGUACGGCCAGGCAGGAUGUGUACGACCUGCUCAAGUCUAACCUGUACCAGGACGACGCAGUCACAGGUACACCACCUGUUGCAGUUCAUAUAAGGAAAUCAGUAAAUUGAAAUAAAUUAAUUAGGCCCUAAUCUAUGGAUUUCACAUUAUUGGGAAUACAGAUAUGCAUCUGUUGGUCACAGAUACCUAAUAAAAAAAUGUAGGGGCGUGGAUCAGAAAACCAGUCAGUAUCUGGUGUGACCACCAUUUGCCUCAUGCAGUGCGACAUCUCCUUCGCGUAGAGUUGAUCAUCAGGCUGUUGAUUGUGAAAUGGUAUCCCACUCAGUUGCUGGAUAUUGGUGGGAACUGGAACAUGCUUUUGUACAUGUCGAUCCAGAGCAUCCCAAACAUGCUCAAUGGGUGACAUCUCUGGUGAGUAUGCAGGCCAUGGAAGAACUGGGACAUUUUCAGCUUCCAGGAAUUGUGAACAGAUCCUUGUGACAUGGGGCUGUGUAUUAUCAUGCUGAAACAUGAGGUGAUGGGGGCUGAUGAAUGGCACGACAAUGGGCCUCAGGAUCUCGUCACGGUAUCUCUGUGCAUUCAAAUUGCCAUCGAUAAAAUGCAAUUGUGUUCGUUGUCUGUAGCUUAUGCCUGCCCAUAUCAUAACCCCACCGCCACCAUGGGGCACUCAAUGACCUCAGCAAACCGCUCGCCCACACGACACCAUACACGUGGUCUGCAGUUGUGAGGCCAUUUGGAUGUACUACCAAAUUCUCUAAAACGACGUUGGAGGCGGCUUAUGGUAGAGAUUUGAGCAUUAAGUUAUCUGGCAACAGCUCUGAUGGACAUUCUUGCAGUCAGCAUGCCAAUUGCGCUCUCCCUCAACUUGAGACAUUGUGUUGUGUGACACAACUGCACAUUUUAGAGUGGCUUUUUAUUGUCCCCCAGCACAAGGUGCACCUGUGUAAUGAUCAUGCUGUUUAAUCAGCUUCUUGAUAUGCCACACCUGUCAGGUGGAUGGAUAAUCUUGGCAAAGGAUAAAUGCUCACUAACCGGGAUGUAAACAAAUGUGUGAAUACAAUUUGAGAAAAAUAAGCUUUCUUUGCAUAUGGAACAUUUCUGGGAUCUUUUAUUUCAGCUCUUGAAACAUGGGACAAACACUUUACAUGUUGCAUUAAUUUUUUUGUUCAGUAUGUCUCUGUAGCCCUUAGAGUGUAACAUGGGAUGUCAAUUCCCCAUUGGUAGGGGAUUCAGAAAAGCAUCUUGAAAUAUUUACAUCUGUUGAUAUACAGUAUGCUUACAACAAAAACUGCAUUGCAUGUGCAAUUUAUAAGAGAUCGGAGAUACUAGCAACUUGUUAGAAAAUCAACACUGUGCUCCUAUUGCCAGUUGUUCAGAUUAGAAAGGACUUUUCUUUGGUGCCAUCAUGCGGCGCUCAUGUUUUCCCCUCUGUUCCCAGGCGAGGCGGCGGGGCUGGCCCUGGGGCUGGUCAUGCUGGGCUCCAAGUCGGCCCAGGCCAUCGAGGACAUGGUGGGCUACGCCCAGGAGACGCAGCACGAGAAGAUCCUGCGCGGCCUGGCCGUGGGCAUCGCCAUGGUCAUGUACGGACGCAUGGAGGAGGCAGACACGCUCAUCGAGAGCCUCUGCAGGGACAAGGUAACAGUCAGACUUGCAUUCACACGCACAAGGGCUGACCCCGUUUAGACUUGGAAUGCAUUCACACGCACAAGGGCUGACCCCGUUUAGACUUGGAAUGCAUUCACACGCACAAGGGCUGACCCCAUUUAGUCGAUUGUUUGGUUGAUAGGCUGUUGGUCGACCAGGAUUUCUUUAGUCCAGCAGUCGCAAUUAUUUGUAGUUUUUUUUUCAUGGUGCACAAGACGCCCGUCUGAUUCACGCCUGUGUAAGUAAAUAAAAUAAAUAAAUAUGCCAUUUAGCAGACGCUUUUAUCCAAAGCGACUUACAGUCAUGCGUGCAUACAUUUUUUUGUGUAUGGGUGGUCCCGGGGAUCGAACCCACUACCUUGGCUUUACAAGCGCCGUGCUCUACCAGCUGAGCUACAGAGGACCACACUAGUCCAUUGUGGAGGCAGUCAUCACUCUAAGACGUGAUUCUGAAAUUGUAUAUGGUUAUAGUAUGUAAAAAAUAAUGGUGCAACACUAAUACAUCUAAUAUACUGUAUAAGAAAUGCUAUUUGUCCCGCGUUGAAUAUGGUCGCUGUCUGUGGUUCUGAAACGUAAUCUUCAGUGUGCCAUAGAAUUGGCACCUUUCCCUAUGUUGCUAUGUGCAUAUUAGCAAAAUUAACCAGCAUAUUGGGAUUGAGAACAAUGCCUGAAGCCCUAUUCGGACGGGAUUAGUUUUACUGGGGGAGGUCAGGCAAUGUAAUUAUGUGUACAAGCACAACACCACAUCUGUCAUAUUAGGCCCUUCCGAAUCUGCCAUGUCAGUAAUUUGUACAUGGCAGGAGAGUAACAAUUCCAGCCAGAAUAACCUACUGUUUUUUGGCGAACUCCAAGGACCUCUGAUAAUACUAGUCCCGUUCGAAUCAACAUCCCUGUGUUUUGAGAGUUUGACAGGUGUUGCUCAUGGUUUGAGCAAGAAAACAAUAACUGAUUGGAUAAAUUGAAGGAAGUGCUGCGCGUAGCCUAUAUGUGAAGUGCUGCGCGUAGCCUAUAUGUGAAGGGCCUUAAUGUAUUAACUUUCAUAUGUUUUGUGUGUAUGGAUUGAAUAUUGGCAAAUACAUCAGUAAAAAAUAUUGCGCUUAGUUAAUGUAACCCUUGCUGUUAAUAGAUCGCAACGCAGCAUACGACUGACCUAAACGUUUGAAAAUGAUAAGCUCACUUUUGCAUCCAUAGCCUUAAAACGCAUCUCAAGUGCAAGGACGCUGUUUAGCUCACAUUUGAAGGCUGGGGGGCAUUUAGGAUUUCUACGGCGGAUCGCUUUAAUUACAUAACCAACGUUCUCUGGUAAUACUAGUCCUGUGCGAAUGGGUCUCUGCCUAAUUGUCUAAGAAAAUUGAGGAGAGAGCGAACCCCAACUUUUAAUUAGGUCUAUAAUCAAUAGCCUAACUGUUAAAUGUACCUGGCUUUAUAAACCAUCCAUAAACUGUAUGUCUACAGAAAUAAGACAGAUCCUGCUUCUGUUGCCUGUUUGAGUGUUUGUUUAAUAGCCUACUGAUUCCGUGAGCACCAAGCCUCAUGCAACGGCGAAAUGUCGGAUCAAGCAAUUUCACAGAUAUGGCUGUUUUUAAUCUUUGCUUUGCUGUAAUACAGGCUGGUGUUACUUAUACUUUAUUUAGUGUUUACACUGUUCCAAACAGGCAGAAAAAUAUUGUAACCUAGCAGCACCUGUUUGUCACACACACACAAUACUCACGCAAAGCUUGCUCCUAUACCCUCCUUUUUCUUGAUCUCCAGUAGUUUCCACAACUAAGUCAAAUGUCUUCCACAGAUCUGACCUCCCCUUUCCCUCCUGAGCAACCAGUAAACAUUCACCCCUUUUUCAAGUUUCUUUUUCACGUCCCCCCCCGCAUCCAUUUUGCAGUCGACAUUACCGUGUUCGGAUUUGUUAUAACCCAUUUAUUGACGUGAUUAUGAUAGGCUAUAGGUCAGGCCCUAUUGUGUCGCGUACGAUGCUUGCAUGUUUCACGUAAAGAGAGCAAAGGGUUGAGGGAAUGUUUUUUCCUAAACAAAUUAGGGAUUUCGGUAACAACUUUUCAGUCAGAAACAAGAAAAACUAAAUGGCUGAAAGGUUGUUGCAGCUUCAGCACAAUAAUCACUUGCUGUGCUGUGGUGCCUUUUGGCUGCAGUAGGGAGGAGAGGGAGACGACGUGCGCCAGCCAGUCACCCAGGCACUCGCUGUCAUUUUUAUUAACACAGCGUGACGAUCGGGCUCUUUCGUGAGUAAUUUGUGUGUCUUUUUAAUUAUUUAAUCAAACAGUGUGCUUAUGAACACAAGCUCAGUUCAUAUGUAGUUGGGUUUUAUUCAAACACAUAGGGUGUGUCUGUCCUAUAUAAUAUGGAAAAAAUAAGUUUAAACAUUUCGACCAAUUGAUUGGUCGAAAGAACAGGACUACUCUCGGUCGACCAAGAUAUAUUUUUAGUUGGGGACAGCCCUAACACACACUACUUCCACUAUGCCUGGCGGUGAUGGGUUCCACUAUGCCUGGCGGUGAUGGGUUCCACUAUGCCUGGCGGGGAUGGGUUCCACUAUGCCUGGCGGGGAUGGGUUCCACUAUGCCUGGCGGUGAUGGGUUCCACUAUGCCUGGCGGUGAUGGGUUCCACUAUGCCUGGCGGUGAUGGGUUCCAAUAUGCCUGGCGGUGAUGGGUUCCACUAUGCCUGGCGGUGAUGGGUUCCACUAUGCCUGGCGGGGAUGGGUUCCACUAUGCCUGGCGGUGAUGGGUUCCACUAUGCCUGGCGGUGAUGGGUUCCACUAUGCCUGGCGGGGAUGGGUUCCACUAUGCCUGGCGGGGAUGGGUUCCACUAUGCCUGGCGGUGAUGGGUUCCACUAUGCCUGGCGGUGAUGGGUUCCACUAUGCCUGGCGGUGAUGGGUUCCACUAUGCCUGAUGCGGGGAUGGGUUCCACUAUGCCUGGAAGGGAUGGGUUCCACUAUGCCUGGCGGUGAUGGGUUCCACUAUGCCUGGCGGGGAUGGGUUCCACUAUGCCUGAUGCGGGGAUGGGUUCCACUAUGCCUGGCGGGGAUGGGUUCCACUAUGCCUGGCGGGGAUGGGUUCCACUAUGCCUGAUGCGGUGAUGGGUUCCACUAUGCCUGGCGGGGAUGGGUUCCACUAUGCCUGGCGGUGAUGGGUUCCACUAUGCCUGGCGGUGAUGGGUUCCACUAUGCCUGGCGGGGAUGGGUUCCACUAUGCCUGAUGCGGUGAUGGGUAUAUUACUUUUUACCACUUUUCAUUGUAGGGUGCGGAAACUCGCUUAAUACCGAUAUAUUGACCUUCAUUCCUUUUUUCCUUGGCUAUGCACCCAUGACUGUUAACCUUGUUGCCUAUUGUGUGUGAUUUUGCUUUUUUCCAGCCUGUAGUCAUCUCCGUUUCAAUUUUACUGCGACAGUGAACAGUGUCCUGAACAGUAGUAUGAAUUGUACAUGCAGUACCCAUACUUAAAUGUUCUAGAUGUCAAAUAAGUGGUAUACCUUGUUGACCCCACAUUGUUGCCAUGACUACCUACUGCUGCAGACUCUUGUCUCUUGGCUAAGGCUCUGUGUUCUGUCACUGUGUCUGUUCUAGGACCCCAUCCUGCGCCGCUCUGGAAUGUACACAGUGGGCAUGGCCUACUGCGGCUCCGGGAACAACAAGGCCAUCAGACGGCUGUUGCACGUGGCUGUAAGUAUUCUCCUUCUCCUUCCUCACGCAAAACACCGACAACCAAGAAUCAGAGUAGGGAUAGCCAAGGUAUUACGUAUUGGAAUUGCGAGGACGGUUAUGACAGACAAUAGUAUACCUCACAGUAAAUUAAAAUGUGUUGGUAUGUUAAUCGCCAUAAUGAAAGUCUUUGGUUGUACAGGAAGCCAUAAUAUAUAUAUAAUUUUUUUUGUGUCAUUUAGCAGACACUCUUAUCCAGAGCGACUUACAGUUAGUGAGUGCAUACAUAAUUUUUUUAUUUUUCAUAAAAAUUCUAACCAGGAUCUCUAGUGGGCCUUAGACCACUGCGCCACUCGGGAGGAUUCAUUAAUGUUAUUGUUGCUGGGGAAGAUGGUUGAGUUGGUAUUCCUACAGAUGGCAUCCUGCACAAGCUAAAGAUGCUGUGAUAUAAGAGCUGUUUAUGAACCUAAGUAUAGUAGACUCCUGAGUGGCGCAGUGGUCUAAGGCACUGCAUCGCAGUGCUAACUGUGCCACUAGAGAUCCUGGUUCGAAUCCAGGCUCUGUCGCAGCCGGCCGCGACCGGGAGACUCAUGGGCGGCGCACAAUUGGCCCAGCGUCGUCCAGGGUAGGGGAGGGAAUGGCCGGCAGGGAUGUAGCUCAGUUGAUAGAGCAUGGCGUUUGCAACACCAGGGUUGUGGGUUCAAUUCCCACGGGGGGCCAGUAUAAAAAAAUAUGUGUAAGUCGCUCUGGAUAAGAGCGUCUGCUAAAUGACUAAAAUGUAAAUGUAUAGGCUUUCCCGAAAUCUUUGAUAUCUUGGCUGAUUGGGAGUUUUGCAUUUUGGUGUUUGGGCAGGAAAAGUAUUAUUAUUGGAUGUUAUCUCCUCACCCUACUACGUUCUUUCUGCUAUUAAUACAUUGUUGUCUACCUGUCAGGUAAGCGACGUGAACGAUGAUGUCAGAAGGGCAGCGGUAGAGUCCAUUGGAUUCAUCAUGUUCAGGUAAGGCCCUAUGCUAUCCCCUUUCCGGCCAGCAGAGGUCCCCCUACUUUCAGCGUCUUGGUCCACUGCUAGUCUCCUAGCCAAGCUAACUGAUCAAUCAGCCCCUACAUGUAUACACAGACGGCAUUCCUCUCAUAGCCUGGGCAUAAUUUCCAAAUGCGUUUGGAGAAUGUCAGUUUAUGUAGUUUAUUCAUCCCGAUCGUUAAAACAACUAAAACAAACAGUGAGAUAGAUUUCUUCCGCCUAGACCUCAGAUAAAUAGAUGUGGCUUUUCCACUCCUGAUUGCCACUGUGGCCGUUACCCAUCUUUGGCCCUGAGGUUAACCCACGUUUCCACAUUCCAAGAAUUGGGUUUUCACAAGUCCCACAACAUAGCCUGUGGAAUUUUCACCCUGCAUGGCUAAAGAAUCGAUGUUGUCUGAACACUGUUUUCGGUUUUAAGUAACCUAGGGCAUGCAGUAGGGUUAACUUUUAGCCCAGAUAGAGCUCUGGGCUGAUCUGCGUUUUCUUAUAAUAAUAAUAAUAUGCCAUUUACGCGGAAUUGUUUAUGUAAGUGCCAGGUUUGGGCUCAAUUCAGAAUUAAGUUGAGAAUGCCUCAUAAAUUCAAAUUCUUGAAUUUGAAUUGAAGUGGUAAACAGGAUGCAGAAUUGCAAUUUGAAUGAAAGGAAAUAGAAUAGAAUUCAGUGAAAUUCAAAUUCCUCUUCUAUAUUAGGUGUAGUCUAUACAAAUAUACAUCUUGUUCAUAAAACAUCAUCCAUGUCAUAAUUUAUAUCUAUCAUAUAUGUAUGUACAGUACCAGUCAAAAGUUUGUACACAACUACUCAUUCAAGGGUUUUUCUUUAUUUUUACUAUUUUCUACAUUGUAGAAUAAUAGUGAAGACAUCAAAACUAUGAAAUAACACAUGGAAUCAUGUAGUAACCAAAAAACUGUUAAACAAAUCAAAAUAUAUUUGAGAUUCUUCAAAUAGCCACCCUUUGCCUUGAUGACAGCUUUGCACAUUCUUGGCAUUCUCUCAACCAGCUUCACCUGGAAUGCUUUUCCAACAGUCUCGAAGGAGUUCCUACAUAUGCUCAGCACUUGUUGGCUGCUUUUCCUUCACUCUGCGGUCCGACUCAUCCCAAACCAUCUCAAAUGCGACCCAACCAAAUUCACAUAGAAAUGUGUGUUUUAGAUCUGUCAUUCUCGCUGAAAGCAAGUCUAAGUAGCUUGUUCUAUGUGCACUAUUUCUAUGCUUCCCGUUCAGUUUCAUUUUUUAUUUUCAGUUUUGUACACCAGCUUCAAACAGCUGAAAAUACAUUAUUUUGGGUUAGGUAUUUCACAGCGGUUUAGAUGGUACAAUGAUUCUCUAUAUUACACUUUGCUUGUUUUGUCACAUAAACUGAAAUUAAGCGAACUAUUAGAAUUUUAGCAACCAGGAAAAGGCGGAGCGAUUUCUUCAUAUUGCACCUUUUUGAGUACCUUACUGUGAUUUGUUUUAAAUAAAAAUGUUCAAAAUUAGCUUCUUAGCAAAGAGCAAUUUCUCAAGCAAGAAUUUUGCUAGGACUGUCUGGGAGUGGUCUGAGUGGGGAGGGGAAAACAGAAAACGAUCUGUUAUUGGCAGAGCGGUUUGGAACUCUCUUUCUUAUUUGUCUAUUAACUAAUUAACGCCUGGUGAUGUCACCAGGCAGGCCAAAACUCCAUGGCUCGGUAGUGUGAUAGACGUGCUGCUGUGCGUGUGUCUGUGCGUUAGCCAGAUGGCAGCCACAGAUCGAUAAGCAGGAUUUUUGACACUUCCUCUGUCCUCAGAACGUAGUUACUUUCCACGACGAGGGAAUGUUUGGCCUUGACAUUCCAGGCAGUCUUUUCAAACAGCUCUUACACUAAAGGGCAUAUCAUAAUUUUCACAAUUUCAGUGUUAUUCCAACCUCCUAGUAUGGAAAUAUAUAUGAAACACAGGAAAAUCUUGUUUUUGAGUGCACUGGGCCUUUUUAAAUUCUGUUCAAUAUAGGGAAGAUACGAAAUUUCCCAGAAUGCAUUAGUUUAACCCGCAAGUUGACCCUGAGGCCUUCAAAAAGAAGCCAAACAAAUGAAAUGGUCUGAUAGUGAGAGCAAUUGUCCCAUAAGUUUUAAAUGGGUUGUUAAGGUAUGUAAACAGAAAUAAAAGGUUUAUAAUGAUGAUGAUCAGUAGUUCUAAGCUCAUCAGGCUACACAGUCUGAGUAGUAAUCUCCAAGAAUCAAUGGGUUUACAUUAUAUCCAAAAAGUACAUGUCCACAAAAUCUUUGCACCUAUAUAUAUAUAUAUAUAUAUAAGGUAGGGUCUAAUAUAACUGCGUUGUUUGUUAAGAAAAUAUAAUUGGCUAUUCUAAGCACUAAGGUUAAUAUGGAACGUUGUUUCCGCAGAAAAGUGAUAUUAUUUGGUAUCUAGAAGUGUGACCUGUCAUUCAAUGAAACGCAUGUUCUAUGACUGAUUGAAUUAGAUUCUACUUCCUGUCACUCAAAUUCUACAUCCUGUGGGGUGUGGCCAAUUCAAAUUCCAAGUCAUGAGUUGAAUGGGAUUCAAUUCCAAAAUUCUGAAUUGAGCCCAACCCUGUUAAGUGCUGGGUAUCUAUUGUCAUUUGAAAAACCAACACAGUUAAAUGUUUUGAAAGUGUGCUUAAGUUUCAGCAAUGUGAGAAUUUGUUUCAUGUCCAAGUUAAAUCUAUGGGACAUGAAUAAUCUUUGAACCACCCUUGUUUUGGUCUGUGCAAUGGUUUUCGGUAGUCUUGUGUAAUUAAGUGCAAUUCAUGAUCAAAGAUAUUACACAUUUUGAAGUGAUUUUACUCUUCAGAAAGCCUAACCUACAUCAAGCAGCUGCAAACUAUCCCUCACUUUAAUAGUGUUGGCACUCUUAAGUGAUCCUGUGAUUGGUUUGCGGAAUAUCAAAAUGACAUAAUGAUCAGCGUCUCCUCAAAUGGACGACAGAAUUUAGAUGCACUUUUAGCUGAGAGGAUAUAAUUACUUCUUGGCUCCUUACAGGUAGUUCAGUGUCUUGAGGACGUUGGCUACAUGUCGUCCUCCCGAGUCACACAUAAUUAUUUUCGGUCUGUUUACGGAGGCUCAUCAUUCAUUCUCUGACGUGAAUUUACCCAUCAGGCAACACUGCAGCAUUAAACAGCAUCAGGCAGCACUGCAGCAUUAAACGGCACUGGGCCAAGCGAAGGAAUAUGGGGGGGACUAUUUUAAGCCCAAAAAAGGCUAUGCGAUAUUGCCAUGAUCAAUUGGCUGUUAGAUAAACCUUGUGUAAGUCCUUCCUGUGUUUAGAGAUCCUCCUGAGCGGCAACAAUUCAGCCGAGCCCUCACUCCCCCAUCGCUUCCAGGCCCCCUUACAGUCUUGGGAAACCAGGACGUGGUGCUCAGAGCUGCUGUCUCUGA